AUGCCGAUGCGGCAGCGUUCCCCAAGGAUGGUGCCGUGGCUGAUUUGGGUACUCGAAAACUGGUUAGUCCAGCUUGCCGGUGGCUAUGUGGCUGCAGAUCUAGCAGAUCCACCAUACUUGAAUGUCUCGCUGUUGAGAGGUCACAGGUAUAGCUUCCGAGGUGACAUUCGAUGUUGGAACAACAACAAGGGUGACAUGUCUCCCAGAAACUUAGGAGAUGUGGUGGUCUAUCGGAACCCAUGGGUGCUGCGAGACUCCUGCUGUUCCCUUGGCCGGACAUCACCAUGCUGGCUAGGCCAGAUGACAUUCCAGCGUUGCUGCACGCAGAGCACGAGCUUGUCUUGGGACUUCAGGGUGGAAGCUGCUUGUUGGCCUUCUCCAACCAUCACUGAGACGUGCUGUGGCUUGCGCCUCUUUGAGCUGUGCGCUUCGCCUGCUUGGGGGACGGCCAAAGCGCAAAAGAAGCACAUGGAUGGCUGCUGUGCAAAGCCAGUCAUAGAUAGGCAAACGACGCGCCCAGAGGCCUUCUUGAAGGGCUGCCACUGGAGGUUGCAUGCUGAGGAGACCUUUUUGCAGACCCAAAGUGAAACCCUCGACGCGCCGCGUCUUCACCCAGCCGACCUUGGUGCCUUGGUGGAGUACUACCACCGUACGGGCGACGUGCUGCCCAGCAUGCUGGAGAUCCAGCGCGCGAUGACGCAGCGGAAGGUGGAUGGGCUGGAGAUUUGUGCUCCGGCCAUGGUGCUGGCAAGGUUGCUGGAGGUGGAUCGUGACAGCCUCUCAUCUCCGCCGGCCGUGACAAGGUCUACACUGGCGAGCUUGAAGGCUUUCUGGUUGAGACUGCAGGCUUCAGGCUUCAGUGCCCAGGCUCUCGCCUGGGCUCGGGCCAAUGCGAGCGCGCUCUCGACAGGCAGUCAUCGUGCUUGGGAAGAGGGUGUUCCGCCUUCUGCACGUUAUGACUGGCUCAAUGUCACGAGUUCUAGCAUUCGGCGCAGCUUUGACCGUAUUGAAACGCAGGCUAAGCGUGCCGCAUCGCUGGCUGCUGCACGAUGGAAAGUCGGUUUCAAGGUCAACCUGGUCAUGCCGUUCUGCAACCCUCAUGACAUCAAGUACCUUGCCACCCUGGAGAAGUUGGUGCUGAAGGUGGCGCGGCCCCUGGACAAGGUCUUCGAUCUGUAUAUCUACGACGUUUGCUUCGGGUUCUUUGACACCAACAGCGCUGCAUACAGCUUGGAGAACAAGGUGGAGGUGGAGCUUGACCUGUCCAGUGGUGCCGAGCUUCCAGGAUCCAUGUACUCCUUGCGCAAUGGUGGCAUACCAUCUUCGCUGCUGCGCGUGGCUCGGUACUUCAGGCGUGCCUUCGUUGUGCCUUUCUUUGAGGAGCUUCCGACAGGUGAAGUCGCCCCGAACUUGCACCAUGUGGCCAGGCACUAUGACGACCUUCCUGAUUUCAUGAUCAUCAUCCAUCCGGACGGCUACGAGCACAUGGAGAUCUUUGCCUUCAUCGCUGUCCUCAACUCUCUUGCGCUCAGGCUGUUUCCCAGUGAGCUGCACUUCCUACACUUGGGCCGCCGUCACAACGGGCCCGUGGAUCCAUCCGGCCGCGUGGCCUCGGAGAUCCAGUCCUACUGCCGAAUGCGUGCCACCAGGGAGGGUUUGCGCGGAACGACGGCAAAGCCUUCCGUGUUCCGAGGGGAUUCCUUCCUUGAGCGUCACUCAGAUCGGUCGCCGACAGGUUGGUACUGUCAGUGGGUGGAGGUGGCCUGGGAGCUUAUGUUCGGCCGCCCGCCAAACCUUCCAGAGGACGAUUAUGGUGGCUAUGAUUUUGCCCAGUACGUGGCCAGCCGCCGCGCCGCGCAAAGCAGGCCAAAGGCGUUUUGGCAAAAUGCGUGGCGCUCGUUGUGCAGUGCCAGCAACUACCGCCUGCUCCCUGGCACGAGCUUCAUCUCCUGGAAGGAGCUCACCUCCAGCGCGGGUCAGCGCAGGUUGUACGCUUUCCACAAGGGCCUGACCACGGCCUUCGAACACCUGUACCAUGUGAUCUUCAAUCCGGAUGCUUCCACAUGGAUUUGGCCAACCAGGCUGCGAGAUCCGUCGCUUCCUUUGGGCCUAAAGUUCGCUAUGGGCGGCAAUCCGGCAUUGCUUCGCUUCUACCGCUGGACGCCCCACGAGCCGUUGUAG